AUGAAGGAAUGGGAGAUUAGCAAAGUACAAUAUGAGGCAUAUCCAUGCAAUGUACAAUUUGUAAUACUCGGUUCAGAGACAUCAAAAAUAUUUCGACAGAUAGAUUAUCCUGGGCAAUGGUUUUAUGCCCAAACGAGAUUUCUUCCUGCAAUGUAUAAAACGCAACAAAUGUACCCCAAUGCAAGUUUUUAUAUUUUCGGCGAUGAUGAUACUUAUUUUUUCAAAUCAGCUCUAGUUGACUUCCUUAAGACCAAAGAUCCAAACCAAGUUAUUGGAUAUGGAAAAUCUUACUGUUCAUGGGAUUUUGUUCAGUUUUUACAGCCAGCUCCAAUAUCUUGUCAUAAAUUUCUCCAAGGAGGAGCAGGUGUCGUUCUUACAAAUAGGCUGCUUUCAACAGUCGCUCCCCAUUUAAUAAACUGCUCAAAUAAGUUCAAUUCAGCACGUUUUGCCGGUUCAAUGAGAUUUGGCAUCUGUGCUGCGAGAUUCCUUCCUAAGAAUGACUGGGAACUUACUGUUGCGAGAGGUCUUGAUGAGUUAUUCUAUAGUAAAACGCCAGAAACAGAAGUUUCGCAAUUUGGUCUUUCAGUUUCCCCAAUUACGUUUCAUAAGCUGAGUGUGAAAGAUUUUGAGUACAUUAGAACCGCCAGGUAUGUAGAUUUUCAAAUAAAGAAACAGCAUUACGAAGCAGAUCUUGGAGACAUUGCUUUCACUGCUCAGGAGCUUGUAUUGACAAUACCACAGUAUAGGCUGGGUUAUGUACCUGGAAUGAAGAUAAUUUGUCCAUUUACUCAUGAAGAAUUUAACGUUUCUUCAAAAUGGAAACCUAUUAUUAAAAAGAAGAAGUUAGUAGGUGCCCAGCAAAUAUAUGGACCAUUUACUGUUAAAUUGAUGUUCAAAAACGAUAUUUCUCCAAAAGAAGUUAUUCCAAAGAAUUAUGAUCCAAAAACUCAUGAGUUUACAUGCGAAGCGCGAACUCCUGACAUAGUUGCGUUGAGAAAGGACCAAGGAAUAAGCAUUUAUUCGAUUAUUAUUAAUAUUAUUGUUUUGUAUUUCUUAUAUUAUUUGCGAUAUAAAGUGUAA